AUGAACAGCUGCGAUAAUGUUGAAAUGAAAAACCAUCUCUACAUGAGUGUGAUGCACUCUUUGUCAAUCAUCGCUCUUUUUAUGAAUCUAUUCGCCUUUUACUGCAUUGUCUACAAAUCAACGAGGCAGAUGGGCGCUUAUAAAUGGUAUUUGCUUGCUUACCAAGCGUCAUCCACUGCAUUCGACACUGUUUACACUGGUUUUAUAAUACCUGUAAUCUACUUCCCAGAAGCAAUGGGUUAUCCUGGCUCUUGGCUGGCAGAGGCAUUAUCUAUCACUGGCCACGCUGGCGUACUUAUGGUGUUUCUCACAGCUGCUCUACUUGUUGGUUGUAUUCUUAACCUAUUUAACUAUCGUUGUCACGUGAAAUACCCUUGUUUGCAAUCUGUAAUAUAUGGCAGUCCACGUUUUACGGUCUUCACACUAAAUAAAGGGAUACGUUUGGCUAUGACAGUUAUAGUAUUGGCGGUUACUGCAACUGUAAUUACAGUACUAUGCAUUGUUCUCUCCUUCUAUUUCAUAAGGAUGAGUGGACAUCUGUCACAGAAAACGAAGCGAAUGCAAAGACGAUUUCUCAUCUACCUUUGUAUACAGGUAGGUGGCAAAUACUCGUUGCAUUAA